GGCUGACUGGGUGGCGGAAGUUUAACUGCGCAGGGUUGAGUGGCCGGGACGGCGGCGCCCGAGUCCCGGCAGAUCCCCCCGGUACCCGCAGCGAAGCCGGAGGGCAGGCGUGGGAUCCAGGACGCGAGGAGGGUCCCCUCUCACGCACAAACAUGGAUCUGGAGGCCAAAGUGAAGAAGAUGGGCUUAGGUCAUGAGCAAGGAUUUGGAGCCCCAUGUUUAAAAUGCAAAGAAAAAUGUGAAGGGUUUGAACUACACUUCUGGAGAAAAAUAUGUCGUAACUGCAAGUGUGGCCAAGAAGAACAUGAUGUCCUCUUGAGCAAUGAAGAGGAUCGAAAAGUGGGGAAACUUUUUGAAGACACCAAGUAUACCACCCUGAUUGCAAAGCUAAAAUCAGAUGGAAUUCCCAUGUAUAAACGCAAUGUUAUGAUACUGACCAACCCAGUUGCAGCCAAGAAGAAUAUCUCCAUCAAUACAGUUACCUAUGAAUGGGCUCCUCCUGUCCAGAAUCAGGCCUUGGCCAGGCAAUACAUGCAGAUGCUGCCCAAGGAGAAGCAACCCGUAGCAGGCUCGGAGGGGGCUCAGUACCGGAAGAAGCAGCUGGCAAAGCAGCUCCCUGCACAUGACCAGGAUCCUGCAAAGUGCCAUGAAUUAUCUCCCAAAGAGGUGAAGGAGAUGGAGCAGUUUGUGAAGAAAUAUAAGAGUGAGGCUCUGGGAGUUGGAGAUGUCAAACUUCCCCAUGAGGUGGAUGCCCACGAUCCCAAUAGAGUGUACAUGCCUAGCGGGGACAGAAGUACCACGGCAGCUGAGGGGGCCAUCGAGGAGAAAGCCACUGAGAACAAAAGGCCUCAGUAUUCCUGCUAUUGCUGCAAACUGAGCAUGAAGGAAGGUGACCCAGCCAUCUACGCCGAAAGGGCCGGCUACAGUAAACUGUGGCACCCCGCGUGUUUUGUCUGCAGUACCUGCCAUGAACUCCUGGUCGACAUGAUUUAUUUCUGGAAGAAUGGGAAGCUGUACUGUGGCAGACAUUACUGUGACAGUGAGAAACCCCGGUGUGCUGGCUGUGACGAGCUGAUAUUUAGCAAUGAGUAUACACAGGCAGAAAACCAGAAUUGGCAUCUGAAACACUUCUGCUGCUUUGACUGUGACAGCAUCCUCGCUGGGGAAAUAUAUGUGAUGGUCAGUGACAAGCCCGUGUGCCGGCCCUGCUAUGUGAAGAACCACGCUGUGGUGUGUCAAGGGUGCCACAACGCCAUCGAUCCUGAAGUGCAGCGGGUGACCUAUAACAGUUUCAGCUGGCAUGCCUCUCCGGAGUGCUUUCUGUGCUCCUGCUGCAGCAAGUGUCUCAUUGGACAGAAGUUCAUGCCAGUAGAAGGGAUGGUUUUCUGUUCCGUGGAAUGUAAGAAGAUGAUGUCUUAAGAGGAAAGCACUAAGAAAUAUUGAGCCAUAGCUAUCCAAAGUGGUCUGCAUUUCUACUGUAAAAUGUAAUCGGGAAAAAUAAAUGGAAAAAAGGAAAUGAUAAAGGAAACCAGGAGAAUUUGUUCAGUAUCUUUCUUUGCUGUUUUUCCUUGUCAAUAUUUUUCAUCUCAACUUAUAAAACCUGCUUUAAGCAUUUGAUUUUAAAAAUGGUAAUGAAUUUACAGCUUUCCAGAUGUAAAAUCUUUGAGUUGGAAGCUUGGGUUUAAUGAAUUAUCAUAUCCCUUUCCCCUUGUGCCAAACACAGUAUAUAUGAAACACUUUAAAAGUUAAUGUGCUGAAUGAAAGAAUGAGCAUUUCUAGUGCUAUAUUCUUCUUCCUCUAUUGUGUACAAUGCAGAGGAAAUUAAACUUGCCCUAAUGCUAAGGCUCUACAUUUAUUGCUUCAUCUUAUUCACUGAACUUUGUAGCAACAGUGAAUUCUUUUGACAGAGAAAAUAGAAAUGCAGCAUAUUAUAGAGAGCUGUUAUCAUUUUAAUGCCUUUGUAUUUGUUAUUUCCUAAUUUAGGCAGAGUUGGCUUUAUUGCAUUUCUCUUUUUUAUUUGCCCUACCUCUCAGUAUUCUCUUUGUAAGCUGGUGGCCUUGAAUAUUUUGUUGCACUUGUGGCAUCCACACUUUCUACUUCUAUAGAUGAUUUUCAGCUUAGAAGUAAAAGCCAAGCCAUUCAUUUAUGUUUUCAAUCCAAAGAAUAUGUAUGCUUUUUGUACCCAAGAAACCAUAACUUGUACUGGUUGCACUUGCCUGUCAUGGUUUGAAUGAUUUUUUUGCAUGGUUUUUAUUAUUUUCUAAUGGAUAUUGUUCUAUGAUGCUUUUAAACCUUUUCGUGGGCAUGUAUCUAAUGUCGUCUUUGCCUGUAUACUUGUAUACUUCCAUCCUUAGGAUUUCUAAUUAUAAAUCUAAACACAUUUCUAAUUUUUUUCCCUGUAUACUUCCAUACAUAGCUAUGCACUAUGAAAAUUAAAUGGAAUGAAUGAUAUGUGCAUUAUUAUUCAAAAUAAAGUUUCUUUCACUUCAAUAA